AGAAGGUGAUUCCUCACUGAAGUGCAGAAGACCAAGCACAUACUACUGCAGCACUCUGUCGUUGAGAUACAUUUCGAUUGGUAUAUUUACCUAUAUUUCAACUAUUUACAAUGGACGCGAACACUUGCAACAUUCAGGUUCUUCUGCAAGCUGCUGAGUUCUUGGAGAGAAGAGAACGAGAGGCAGAGCAUGGUAUCAUCAGUGUCUUCUACUGUCCAGGGGACUCUGAAAAGAAGAGUAGGCAGAAGAACAAGAGGCUGCAGGCUGCCGGUAGUAACAGGACAGUCCAUAAUGAGUUGGAGAAGCACAGACGUGCUCAGUUGAGACACCACCUGGAACAGUUGAAGCAGCAGGUUCCUCAGGUGUCUGACUCCAUGAGAAACACCACCCUGAACCUGCUGAGACGGGCUCAGACACACAUCAAGAAGCUGCAGGAUCAGGAUGAACGUGCAGAGCAGUUGAAGGGUCGUCUGCGUUGGGAGCAGAGAGAGCUGAGGGUGAGGCUAGAGCAGCUCCAGGGACAUGGAGGCCUGGGGGGUCUGACUGGUCUGGGCCCUGGGGGUCUGACUGGUCUGGGCCCUGGGGGUCUGACUGGUCUGGGCCCUGGGGGUCAGGGAGGAGCUGGAGCGGUCUCAGAGAGGAUGAGGAACGACAGCCUGGGAUCAGCAGCCAUGUCCUCUUCAGAGAGAUCUGACUCUGACAGAGAAGACGUGGAGGUUGAUGUGGAGAGUAUAGUGUUUGACUGUCUGGACUCUGAUGGACUGGGGACGGUCCCUCACUCAGGCACAGAUCACUGUUACUCCAGCAGCCUCGCCUGGGCCGGGCUAUGACCUACCUACCACUGUAUACACACGCCUCUGGGAGGGACACACACCGGCCUCUGGGAGGGACACACCGGCCUCUGGGAGGGACACACCGGCCUCUGGGAGGGACACACCGGCCUCUGGGAGGGACACACCGGCCUCUGGGAGGGACACACCGGCCUCUGGGAGGGACACACACCGGCCUCUGGGAGGGACACACCGGCCUCUGGGAGGGACACACACCGGCCUCUGGGAGGGACACACACCGGCCUCUGGGAGGGACACACCGGCCUCUGGGAGGGACACACACGCCUCUGGGAGGGACACACCGGCCUCUGGGAGGGACACACCGGCCUCUGGGAGGGACA